GUUUGAAGUUUUGAACGCCAUAUUUUUUGAUGCAUGAUUUCUUGAAAGUUAAAGACGAACAGCCGAUUUUGUAUAAAAUUUAUCAGACGUUCCAUUGUCGAAUUGAAAAUCUGAUUCCUUUGUUUUACUACACAAUUGAUUAAGUUAUCAUCGUUAAUUUAUAGAUGUAACUAGUUGACUAUAUAAGGACACGCGACAUUGUCUUUCUUGUGACCAAUCAAGAUACACAAUGAGUGACACACCAGACCAGUAUGAUCCCCCAAAGGAUCCCCAAGAGUUGGAAAAAUUGGAAGAAGCAAAACUAAAGGCUAAAUUUCCAAAUGCAAUGCUAGGAAGAGGUGGUUCACAUUCUGCCUUUUUACAGAAGAGACUUGCAAAAGGACAAAAGUUCUUUGAUUCUGGUGACUAUCAAAUGGCUAAGCAAAGGCCAGGAAACUUAGCUGCACCAUUCAAGGCACCAGCAGCACCAGCCAAGCUGCCAACAGGAGAUGCUAUCCCUACGCCUGAGACUGUGCCCUUACGGAAAACAUCCAUAAUUCAGCCAAAAUACCAGCCCUCCAGUCAGACAUCCUAGCCUUGCUGUCAGAUCAAUAUUUUGGCCUCAUAGAUGUGUAACUUGCAUUCCAACUCCAUUGUGAUCAUUCUUCACUUGUAUACAUUGCAAUGUUCACCAAUAACAAUGGUACAAGUGAUGUAAUGUUAUUAUUGUUACAUCAUAGUUUUUAAUAAAGAUACUUUUUUCUAAAACUAUUUAUCACAACAUUAAGUUGCUUACAUUGAGGCCUUAUUAUUUAUGAGACAUCUUUUCUGAAUUGCUUUCACACUGCACUUUUUCAUGUAAUGUUGGAAAUGAGACAAGUGUUUAAAACAACUGUUAUAUUUAUGUAUAAACAUUUGUUAAAUGCAUGAGUGGGUGAGUGAUAAAAAUGUGCUGUUAACAUUUAGUUCCUCCUGCUAAGUUACAUGUCUUAUGCCUACUAACCUUUAAUAGUUAACAGUAACCUAUGUGACAGGGAUCUGAAUUUUCUACUAACAUUUGUUAUCCAUGAUCACUUUUUAGGUGGCUGUAUGUUAUAUUUAAAAGUAGUGUUGCCAUAGAUUAUUGAUAACAUUAAUAUAAAAAAACAAAAGUGAAAAUGAAUACUUUUGGCAGUUCAUCCAUUUAUUGUAUUAAAAAGCAUUUUUUUAAAUAUUGACUAUUUCCAAAAUAUAAUUAUCAAAGCCUGAACUUUAUUGUAGUCCAUCUAUAAUUUCUCUAUUGUCAUUGUAUAAAAUAAUGAUUUUAAUAUUUCAAUUUGACUAUGCAGAUAUUUUAAAACUUAAUGAAUAUGUACAUUACAACACCUUAACUCAUUUAGCGCUCAUUCAUAAAAUGGUGCUAUACAUAAUAGCUAAUUUUGGAAAUAUGUGCAAAAUCAUUAACUACAUUAUCAUGGAUAAAAUGUUUUAAGAAGAAAUUUAGACUUUUGUUAAGUUAAAAUGUAACACUAGACUUUAAAAAGCUAAUUGUAAUUAUGGUUGUUUUCAUAUGAUUUAUAUCAAAAUCCUAUCACUCAGCACGCGAUUGAUGUAAAG